AUGCCGGAAAUAUCUAGGCCCCAAGUAAAAGCCUCAAAAUGUCAGCAAUUUAGGAAGAUCGUUUCGCCUAAUCAGCUUUCGGAUGCCCCUAGUUUAGAGGUGAAGCCAAACGGUCUGUUUGCCGAGCCGCAUAAGCAGGAUGAUUCCAACAUCAACAAUAACAAUGGAAUCGCCAAUGCGACUAUCACCACCUAUCCCAAUGAAGAUGACAAUCAUUCUGAGUCGAUUGAACCCUCAGAACAGACCAUAUCGGUUGCUAAGCCUUUCGCCAUCUCUCAGGUGAGUAUCUGA